GUUUGAAGUAUAAAUAUUGAAGUAUACAUUCGUGAAUUUAGUUACGGCUUAUUUUGGAAUUUGGACAAUAAAAAAAAAUGGUUAAAACUUAGGCUUUAUAAAAAAAAUUGAUUGAAUAUUUAGUAAAUAAUAAAGAGGUCAUCGUAAUAUUUUAUUUAAGAGUAGGUUGUAAGGUGUAAAACACAUAGAGAAGAUUAAUUUUCCGUUAUGAGGUGCUUACCUAAGGAUAUGUAACGAAUAGAUGCAAAGUAAUUCCUCGUACUUAACAAGUUAUAAGUCAUACAAAAAGUUCAAAAUGAUCCCAUUUGCAACUGCUGUUUUCUCUAGAUAUGUAGGCAGUAGAUAUUUCCAGAUAAGGAGUACUACAUCUUUCUAUUUAAGCACAUCUCGAAUUUGUAGGAAAGUUAACUUUAAAAUAGGAUUCAGUACAAAAACUAUAAGAUACCUACAUGUUUCUACGUAUAAUAAUUGUAAAAGUGAAGUAAAGAAAUCGCAAGAACAAGAACAGGCCAAAGAAAAUAAUUCACUUAAAGUGUCUGAAAUCAUUACUAAAAGUAAAGAUAAGAUAGUUGUUAAGACUGAGACUGAUGAGAGUAAAAAAGUAACAAAGGUGACAAUAGAAAAGCCAAAAGAAGCAGCAAGUUCUCCCACUCAGACAGUUGCCCCGCCAGUUAAGAAGAGGCUUCUUAUUGAUUUUUCUGCAUCAUAUACGGAAAGGAAUUUUAUUACACCAAUGCGGGCCAUGACUGAAUAUCUAUUGAAACAAUCUGAUCUUGAGUCAUUACCAAAAGUACUGCGAAGGUCUCCUUAUGAAUCAGAACCACCCAUAACUGUAUACUACAGAAAGGAUGUUGAAGCUAAAGCCAUUGAAGUUUGGACAUCAAAAGAAAGUUUGGAAAAAGAACUGUUAAGGAGAGAACUAGAUAGAAGGAGAUAUGAACAAGAUGUUUUUACUGUAAAACGAAGAUUAAGAAAUUAUAGGCGAGAAAUGGGACACAAACGUUUAAAACAUGGAGUUGAAGAAAUGGGUCUGAAAACAGUAUCGGGGCGAGUUGUUCUUACUGCUGUGGCAAUCAAUGGAUGCAAUUUUGUUUUCAAGCUCUGUGCAUGGCUGUACACCGGUUCUCAUAGUUUAUUCUCGGAAUGCAUUCAUUCAUUAGCAGAUACAGUAAACCAGUUAAUUUUGGCUUAUGGAAUACAUAAAUCUGUGCAGAUUGCAGAUCCCGACCAUCCAUAUGGCUACACAAACAUGAGAUAUGUGUCAUCACUGAUUUCUGGUGUUGGUAUCUUCUGUGUGGGCUGCGGCCUUUCCUUCUAUCAUGGUGUCACUGGAAUAUUGGACCCGCAGCCACUUCAUGAUUUUUAUUGGGCGUAUUUCGUAUUGGGCGGAGCUGUCGUCUCCGAGGGCGCCACUCUAAUGGUAGCUUUGAGUGCGAUCAGAAAGGGAGCUAAAGAAGCCAACAUGUCAUUGUAUGAUUAUGUGAUUCGAAGCUCAGAUCCGUCUGUAAAUGUGGUAUUAUUCGAAGAUACCGCUGCAGUAGCGGGCGUAAUAGUGGCUGGUAGUUGUAUGGCAAUAUCGCAGUAUACUGGCAACCCUCUGCCGGAUGCCAUCGGUUCGUUGCUUGUGGGCACACUGUUGGGUGGUGUUGCCUCAUUUAUCAUUUUGAGUAAUGUUGGUGCUUUGAUUGGGAGAUCAAUCCGCCAAGAGCAACUGGAUGAGAUAAAUAGCGUGUUAGAGAGAGAUUUCAUGAUCCGAGCCAUUCACGAUGUAAAGGGAAUCGAUAUUGGCAGCAAUCUUAUAAGAUACAAGGCGGAAGUCGACUUCGACGGUAGAGCCCUAACGCGAUCUUAUUUGGAGAAACACGAUCUGAAUGCAUUGUUAGAGGAUAUGAAUAAAAUUCACACAAUAGACGAUGUCGAAGCUUUCCUUCUGAAGCACGGGGAGAACAUAGUUGACAUGUUGGGAGGAGAGAUUGAUAGGAUAGAAUUGAAGUUACGGAAAAAGUUUCCUCAAAUACGACACUGCGAUUUGGAGAUUCUAUAGAGGUUAGAAUUUAUAUUUAAUCUUUAGGUCAUUGCUGAAAAUUAGAACAAUUAUUUAUUUCUAAUAACUAUUUUGACAAUUAUGCGUGUUUGAAAAACUUAAUGUAAUUCAAAUAUGUUAUCUGUGCCCUUAGCACGAAAAAAAGAACAAUGUAAUUCAUUCCGAUAACACUGUCAAUGUCAAAAAAGCUUCUAAAUUUGAAUUUUCCGCCAUUCUCAAAUCAAAAGGGAACGGAAGAGAAGAACACAAAAAAAUUCAAAGCUUAUUAAAUAUAUCCAAUUCGACUUAGGGUUCAAGAAAAGAGCGUACCAAUUCCUAUGGCCGUGGAGUGUCCAUGGAUCCAUCAGUUAACAUCAGGUGAGCCUCCUUCCCGUUUGCCUUCUGUUACAUAAAAAAAAAAAUAUAUAUAUAUUUUGUAAUUGUAAUAUAACGUGAUAAAUGUCACAUCUAUUUGUUUUAAGCUAAACAUUCAUCAAUCAACUAAUUUGAAUAAUUGGUUUAGUAUGAAUGCUCUGCUGAUACUUGUAGUAUUAACGUGUAUGAAUACGACAAAAGUAAGUGUUAUAAAGGAUAUAUGCGUUUCAUCAAGUCUCGCGUAUUUUUGUUAAAAUUUUAUUUAUUUAUAUGUUAAGUCUCUUUGGAAUGUUUAAUACGAAUUCCUAUGCAUAGAGUAUAUAUGUGUAUUAUGUUAUUCAUAAACACGAGAGAAGUGCCUCGUCUAUGUAUAAUUAAAAAAAAACUUGAGCGUUCAGUAAGUUUAUGAAUAAAUAAAUAAAAAUAUCAGGUCAAAAGGUAAAAGAGUAAAAAUUCACAGGGUUCUAGUACCAGGGAAAAGAAAACUCCAAUAAGUACUCGGUUACUUGAACUAAUGUAUAUAUUCAAAAUUGCAUUAAAAUUAUUACAGCAAAUAUCACGAAUUAUAUUUUUCUUACGACUGUGCUUAUCCACUAAGUUAACAAUAUAAACUCUAUACCUUUUUAAUAUCUGUGGUAUUCCAAAACGUCAUUAUGAUUAGAAAUGUCAAAAAUGAUAUUUUGCGAGUGAAAGAUUUUAUCCUUUACAUAUAUGACACGAUGAAUUAUCUGUAAUUUUUUCUGUGAUGUUGUAAAUGCUUUAUUGAUAAGUAUAACUUUACAUUUUAAUUUAUGCGAACUGUAAUUACUACUAUGUAAAUAAAUCUGUUACAGAU